UGCUAAGAGAACAUCGAAAGGUGAGGAAUAUUUUAGGUUCUCUUUGCUGCAUCGUUUGUUUCUGCUUCUAUUGCUUCUUCAUAAACGUAUUUUACUUAGGUAGGAAGGUACAGAGACGGUGUGUUCAUUUCCUGAUGAGGUGAUUUCUACCCAAUGGGUUUCACAUCUCUACCAACACUGGGGAAGGUUGCUGUAUAUGGAGGGGUUUUGUCUGCCUUUGGUUCUGGUUAUUUCUACAAGAGAAUACAAGAAAAACUUGCCUCUGGUAGUUACUACUCACAAUCCAUGAAGAUUCUAAGACAACACCCAGGAGCUGCAGAAAUUCUCGGUCAUCCAAUAAGAAGCAAGUUUCUUGACUUGGGAGAUAAAUUUAACGUCGUCAGCGCAACAGAAGCAAAUAUUGCGAUUCCAGUAAAGGGAAAGAAUAGAAAAGGCACCCUGUACACAUGGUCCACAAGACAAGGAGAGGGUUGGGAAGUAAAGAAAAUUCAGCUGAAGUUGAAAGACACAGAGAACAAAGUGACCAUCUUUUCUGUGGGGACCCAUGGCCAGGAAGAAGACGGCGAUAAUCAAGAUACAAGCGCUGAGUUACUGGAGAGCUGAAGAGGAGACAUUAACAAGUGGAACUAAUUCAUGCACAACCAGUAGGGCUGCUGACUGCUCAGGACAGAUUUACUGCUAAACCAUUACAUGUAAGUUAAAUAAACCAUGUAGUUCAAUGUAAAAAAUAUGUAUAUUUUCUGCGUCUUUGUAGCCAAACUCAGAAAUUCUUUAAUAGAGCUUUCCCGUAAUGCGUACAGAAAGGCUAGUUUAAACUUCUAGGGCUUGUGAACGCAAACUCAAAGCAAAUCAUGUUAUGCUUAAAUCCUCAAAUGCUCAUUUUGUUUUCAAAUAUUUAAGGAUAUCAAAGUAUUCUUUGUACUCAUUAUCUCACCAAUUACUAACUAUAAUAUAAUUUUAAUAAUACGCAUUAGAUUCCUUAACAGUUAAUCAAACUUCACUGAUCAAUGACACGCGCAAUAAUUUACAAUUUUAUUCUAGACUUUUUUGCUCUAAAUUCAACAUUUACUCCCUUUUUCUCGCUGAAGUAUAUUUUUUUGUUCUCUAUCACACAUUAACAAACAACACCUCAUCCACUGUUGCCAGGGAAAUCUAAUAUAUUGUGCUUGUAUAUAAAAAAAUAAGUGACUUAUUUUUUAUUUUAUGAAAAAGUUUUUCAAACUUCUCUGCCAUCAAUUAGUAAUCGCUUUAAGACGCUUAAUGUUGUCCGCAAUACACGCUGUGAUUCAAAUCUCAUUGGCCAAAUU